AUGAUUAUUGUAAAAAAGUUUUUAAUUCUAUACGUUCUAUUAUGGACAAUUUCAUUAGUAAUAGCUUUACCUCAAAAACGGUCAAUCCAAAAACGAGCAAUAUUUAAUACCGACCUUUUUACCGCAUUCACACCUCAACCAGCAACUACAGCUCCUACAGUUCGUACAUAUGAUUUUUACUUACAAAGAGUGUCUCUCGCACCAGAUGGUAUAAGUCGAAAUGUCUGGGCGGUAAACGGUCAAUACCCUGGGCCAAUAAUCCUAGCGAAUAAAGGAGAUCAGAUCAUGUACAAUGUAAUAAAUAAUUUAGGCGAACCAGUGACUAUUCAUUCACACGGAAUUUUACAGACAAAUAGUAACUUUUAUGAUGGUGUUCCUGGAGUGACACAGUGCCCUAUACCUAAUGGUGCUAACUUUACAUACAAUUUUACAGUUAGUGAGUCUGGAACCUAUUGGUAUCAUUCUCAUUACAUUUCACAGUAUGUAGAUGGGUUGUUUGGACCGCUUAUUGUUCAGGAUCCUGCAGAUCCUCGAUUAAGUUUAUAUGAUUAUGAAUAUGUGGUUUUCUUGAAUGAUUGGUACCAUAAUACUUCACAUGAACUAUUGGCUGCUAAAAUGGUUCCAUCCUAUCAAGGAGUUAGCCCUGUUCCUGAUUCUGUUCUCAUAAGUGGUCUUGGUCAAUAUAACUGUUCCGCAGCCAAAGGUGUACCGUGCAACUCUUCAGUAGCCACUCCAACCUACGUCGUAACAAGUGGUAAAAGAUAUCGUUUCCGUAUAAUAAAUUCAAGUGCGGACACUCAUUUCCACUUUUCAAUUGAUAACCAUGAAUUAACACUUAUUGAAGCUGACGGAAUAAACAUUCAACCAUCCACGAUCCGAUGGCUUCCUAUUAAUAUUGGACAACGUUAUUCCGUAAUAGUGAAUGCUUCACAACCUGUGGGAAACUAUUUUAUUCGCUCAAGUGCUACCAUGGCUUGUAUGCUCCCUGCAGCUACCAUGAAUGUGACUAUAAAUUAUAAUUCCGCGAUAAAUUGGAAUGCUACUGGAAUAUUACAUUAUGUUGGUGCUGCUAAUAAUUCGGCUCCAACUUCCACUCAAUUCCCGUACCCGGACAGUAUUACCGGUGUUAACUGUACCGAUGUUCCGGACGAAAAUUUAAUACCACUAGUUGCUGAUGCUCCACCGACUAAUAUCUCCCGUUCUAAUUCAUUCACAUAUAAUAUUACUUUUGGUCCAGACCCAGUAACCCAAGUCGGUGUAUUUUUUAUUAAUGGCAAUAGUUUUAGUCCAAACUUAACUAGCCCUACAUUAAUGCAAUUGGAUUCUGGUGUUAAUCCUCAAAGUUUCCCCUCGAAUCAAAGUAUAUCUUCUUAUGAAGCUGGUGGUGUUGAAAUAAUUUUUAUUAAUAACAUGCGAGAUGCUCACCCUUUCCAUCAGCACGGUCACAAUUUUUACAUUCUUGGCAGAGGUAAUGGUACGGUGCCAGACCCAAGCACCUAUAACUUGGUUAAUCCACCCGUUCGUGAUACCGCGACGGUACAAGCACUAGGAUGGAUGACAAUACGAUACUUAGCUAAUAAUCCAGGUAUAUGGUUAUUACAUUGUCAUAUUGAAUGGCAUGCUGAAAUGGGUAUGGUAAUACAACUUGUAGAACGACCGAACGAUUUAAAACAAUUAACUGUACCAUCUAAUAGUUCUUAUAUUCUUCAAGCUGUGUCAGGUACUAGUUGUAAACCUUCAUUGGUUUCUUCAACUUCUAUACUACAUGACUCUGAAGCUUGCAUUGAACUACUACCUAUUUCAUCUGCUCUUACUACCUGA